AAGGCAUUACUAAAUGUUAAAAAAUGGAAGAAAUGUAAAAAAACAAAAAAACCUUCAAAGUCCAUCAAAAAAAAAGAAGUCAUAAUAAUAAUAAUUCUCCUUUCAUUCAGUUUUGUAUAUUCCUGGACACACAGAGGUCCGCCCCUACUGCAGACUGUCACCCAGCAGGGCUAUCUGAAAGACCAGCUUAACUUUAUGUUGAGAACCAUGACCGAAGUCUCAAAUUAGACUGGACUGCAUGGAGCCUUGGGUUGGGCAGUGAAAGUGACUCACUGGAAGGCUAAAAAGGCACAGCGAGUCAGAGGGAGAGAGUCAGAAUGGGUAUGCGGGCGGGUGGGAGCGCCGUCUCGCGGUGAUCAGUCAGAGCGCUUCCAGAGCUGGAUUUAUGGCACGCAGCUGUUGAGUAGCUGACAGACGUGUGAGGAGCUCAAGCGCGGCUGCUUCUCAAGCUGCUCCUACCAGCUCAAUCUCUGCUUACUGCAGCGUAGGAAGGAGGACUUCUGUGCCUCAACACACAACGCCUGCAGAUGGUGCGGGAGCAGUAUGUCACCACCACCCAGGGCAGCAGCGUGCCCAGGCCGGUGCCCGACCACGUCUACAACAUCGGCAUCUAUGGCUGGAGGAAGCGCUGCCUCUACCUGUUCAUCCUGCUGCUCAUCAUCAUCCUGGUAGUCAACUUUGCCCUCACCAUCUGGAUCCUCAGGGUGAUGUGGUUCAACACGGAAGGGAUGGGACACCUACAAGUAAACUCAGACGGGGUCAAACUGGAGGAGGGCGAGUCCGAGUUUCUUUUCCCCGUCUACACUGAGGAGAUCCACUCCAGAGAAGACUCUUCUCUUCUAGUGCACUCAUCGGAAAAUGUUUCCCUUAAUGCCCGCAAUGUAAAUGGUGAUGUCACAGGGAGGAUAUCUGUGGGUCCAAAAGAAGCUCAGGGACAUGCUCGAAAUCUGCUCAUUAACUCCCACAAUGACAACAUGCUGUUCACUGCAGAUGGCGACCAGGCUGUGAUUGGACCCGACAAACUACGAGUCACAGGUCCUGAAGGAGCACUGUUCCAGCACUCAGUGGAGGUGCCCCUGCUGAGAUCUGAACUUUUCAAAGACCUGAGGUUGGAGUCUCCUACUCGCUCUCUCAGUAUGGAUGCACCAAAAGGAGUUCAUAUCAAAGCGCUGGCUGGCAACAUUGAAGUUGCUUCCAACAUGGAUGUUAUUCUGCAAUCUGGUAUAGGACUGUUGGUGCUGGAUGCUGAGACAGUGCGCAUGCCAAGCCUGCCCCUGAGCAAGGAAGGUGUUUCUGGGUAUGCUCAGGGUCUCUAUGAGGUCUGUGUCUGUCCCAGCGGCAAACUCUUCCUGUCCAAGGCUGGGGUCACCUCCACUUGCAGCGAGAAUCAGGAGUGCUAGAAAGACUGACAAGGUAAUCGAUUUUCCAUCUCUCGGUAGAUGCAUCUUCUGGGAGGCACCUAGCACAACUGUUUAUAUCUGGCUAGUUUUUUGUAUCUUUAUACAACAGUAGAUCUAUGAUGACCUUAGUGCUAACAUCCCACAGGCACAUCAAGGCCUGUAAAAAUACAAAUGCCUGCUGGCGUACAUGUUGGAGAUGUCAUGAAAUGCAUCCUUUUAGUUGCAUUUAUGACCUUCUAACCAUUCAGCUAAAACAAAUUGGCACUCAGUUUCAAAUAUAUCUGCAUCAGAGCUUUGUGGAGAAUUUUUACACACACAGUAUUGUGGCUGGGCAAUGAGGAGCUGGCAACAGCUUACAUCCUAUGCAAUAUUAUCUUGUGGUGCAAUAAAUAAAAUUGACACAUACCAAGGACUUGGAAUAAUCAAAAAUAAAUAUCUCAAAAGCUGACAGAAUGUAAAUGGAAAUAUUUAUUUAGGUUAACCCUUAAGCCCUUCUGGCUCCAAGCCCUUGGUAUGUAGGUUUUUGUCUUGGUGUUUAGCAUGGGGGGGAGGGGAUUUGAGAAAUGUUGGUAUAUAUUUUUACAUUGUCUUGGUCACUUCAGAGAUCUUUUUUUUUCUUUCUUUUUUUAAACUCAAACCCAGAUACAACACUAGACAACAGCCUUGUUUCUUAUUUUGUUUACUGCUUUAUAGGGUUGAGCUUAAAAUACCAUGUCCUUAUAGUACCAUGAAGUGUUAGUGUAUCACAUGUCUGUUUUUUCAAUUUAUAAGAUUAUGUUUGGCCUGUGUUAUUUUAAGCCCUGCAUUCGCAUGUAAUUAUGCAUUAGCUAUUAGACAGACAUUACCUUUGACCACAGCAACAGACAAGCAAAAACCAAACAGGUCUAAUAAAGGUAGUGUAGCUGUGGGUAGUUUGAUUGGAAAAAUAGUGGGAUUCAGUUUUGUUUUUUCCUUUUGGGUCAAAUAUGCCUUGAUUUUUUUGUUUUCUUUUUACACAAUAUGCAUGACAGGUAUUUGACAAGAUUUGCCUCUGUUAUAAGAAUUAAGGUUCUCAGUUCACUAUGACAAAACAGGCUAUUUUUUAAAAAAUUGUGUGUUUACAUUGAGCAUUAGCAUCAAUAUAUCUGCAAGACUGUUUUUAGCAUAAUUAACAUCAUAUUGUGUUUUGUUAUUAUUGUCUGUCUUAAUAAAUAGUUAAUUUGCAGUUCUCAACUACGUUCUGGCAUAUUUUGAUAGUGUGUAAUAUGUAUUUAUUAACUUUGUAUGUUGAAUAAACUUUGUGGUAUUCUUCUA